AUGUUUGCGGGUGCAACGUCGAGUCUGAUCUCGGCUGGCUUGUUGAAGCUGGAUGGAAAGUGUGGGCUUGCUGGGUGGAGGUGGAUCUUCCUGGUUGAGGGCCUGAUUACCAUCUUCGCUGCUAUCCUGUUCAUUAUGUUCAUUCCCAAGAGGGCAGGUGAUGGAAGUCCUCUCAUCAGCAUGGGUCGCUGGAGCUACUUCUCCCCUCGGGAGAAGCGCAUCAUCAUCGACCGUGUCCUGCUGGACGACCCUCUCAAGACGCGAGAACAUAUCAAGAUCACUGGGCGGGAUAUCUGGAAGACUGUUACGCAACCCACGACGCUUCAGCAUAUGUUCAUCACAUUGGUGGCCAUGUCCGGCUUCCAGGGCCUGAACACUUACACUCCCAGCAUGAUCAAGUCCUUUGGGUUCAGUGCCGUCCGAGCAAAUGCACUGGCAUCAGUACCAGUGUAUGCUAGCAUUGUCUGGACGACGAUUCUGGCUUAUUCCUCGUAUGUGACACGGCUCCUGUGGUGGGGGAAGUUGGAUGCUGACUGCUGCAGGGACAAAAUCGGGCAUCGGGGGCCUUUCGUCCUCCUCUGUAUCACGUGGAACGUCAUUUCGUAUGCGUGUCUGCGCACCAGUCCUACAGAUGCAUCAAGCUGGCACAAGUAUUCGGUCAUUGCUAUUGCUAAUGUAGCCUACUGUAGUAUGCAUGUUCUCAAUGUUGGGUGGCUUUCCUUCUACUGCAAAACACCACAAGAGCGGAGUAUAUCCAUGGCGUUGAUCGUCAUGUCCGCCAACCUUUCGGGUAUCUCUGGAGCCCAGAUCUUUCGAUCCUCAGACGCCCCCCUUUACAUCCACGGCCUUACGGCCAUUUGUGCGUUGGCAGCCGCGUCAUGGGUCCAGACCUUGGUCUUGAACCUACAGUAUCUCUUCCGGAGGAAGAAGGCGCAGGCUGGAACGGUCUGA